AUGAUUGAGGCAGUGUACAUCGCAGAUAUAUCAAAUACGUUGGUAUUUGAAUACUGCAACAGCCUAUCACUACCGAAAUACGAGUCGAUUCUUUCCAAAAUAGCCAACAUCGAUGCUUACCAACUUGGAAUUGAAAGCUCACAAACAGAUACACCAACAAAAAUCCCCAUUAAUUCGGCAUAUUAUGUAGUCGGACACAACAACCUGUCACUACAUUUUUAUGUAUUAUGUUCCGAGGAUACGCUAAUGUCUAACCCACUCAUUCCAUAUACGUUCAUUUUAAGAUUCGUUGAAACAUUAGAGGACUACUUUGAUGAUUUGACCAGAAGCAAGAUUGAAGCCAACACCGAUAUUAUUACAUUGAUAUUGUAUCAAAUGCUAGAUGAUGGAAUGCCUUAUAUAACUGAUUUCAACAAAAUAAGAGAUUUGGUAAGCCACACUUCCCUACUCUCGAAAAUCAUCAAUGAAGCGUCAAAAACCACUGGACUACAGCCAGAAGUCAAGCAAAGUUUCACCACGGAUAUACCAUGGCGUAGAAAUGAAUCACGCCAUGCAAAUAACGAAAUGUACGUUGAUGUGAUUGAAACAGUUAAUAUGAUUUUAAAACCAAUUGUGAAAAAAGCGAAAUUAGAGCAAUAUGAUUCGGCUUUCUACUCAAGCAAAACCGACAAUCAAGUGGACAACUAUGUUUUAAGUGGAUGCAUUGAUGGCCAGAUUGAUUUCUUUAGCCAGUUGUCAGGUGCACCCACCCUUGAGCUAGUUUUGAAUAAAGUAGGUUCCAAUUUGGAGUUGCCUCGAUUACAUAGAUGCAUAAACUCGGAUUUAUUUAGGGAAAGACGCGGAGUGCUAUCAUUUAUCCCUCCUGAGGGGAAAAGCACAUUGAUGAAGUAUCAAGUUGACUUGAACGAGCUAAAGAGUAAUAAAGAGAAAACUAGUUUGAUAAAACUAAGCACAAUCGAUGUUCAAUUUUCAGUUCAGUCGAACUCCUCCGAGUUUGAAAUCAAGUUAUUCCCAGCAAAUAUGAUCACCAAAAUUGAUUUCAUUAAAGUGGAGAUUGUGUGCGAAGAGACAGAUGACCAAAUAAAAGUGAAUAGAAUCAGUCAUGGGGAUUUCCAAACCCGUUUGUCUGGUAAGCACGAAUGGAGUUUGAAGGACUUGAAGAAGGGCGUGGUUCCCACUCUCAGCGGAACCAUUGUUGAGGAAGACAUCGAGGAUAGGGGUCACUCAGAAGGAAAAGCAGCUGCUCAUAAAAGACCUCUGCAUAUAAAAUUAAACUACAGCCACAAGGGUCCUGUUCCUAGUGGGUUGAAAGUUGAUAGUCUUUUGGUGGUCAAUGCUAAAGGAUUGGGCGAAAAUACCAAACCUUACAAAGGAGUUAAAUAUACCACAAAAAGUGGGGACUACAUAGUGAGAUCAUAG